GCUCGGGCAUUUCAUUUCUCCUCGCACUGUUAUCUGUUCUUCUCCCCGACGCCAGACGCCAGACGCCAGACGCCCCCAAUCUCUCUUCCGCGAUUUCUCCAGCGGCGAAGGACGGCGACGAGUGCUGCCGGCUGAAAGUGACAGCGGCGACGUUCCCUGUUCAAGCUCAACUCUUCGGCGGCAGGGGAAGAAUCGGCGGCGACAGUGAGAUUCCGUACAUCCUCUACUCCGGCAGUGGCGUUCCAGUUCCUUCCCAUCCAUCAGCAAGCUUCGAAGAGCUCCUGCUGGAGUAGGGCAUCUCCGAAGAAGCUUCUGCAUCUCAUCCGACCCGGCUGCGAGUUUUCCAGUGGCUGUUCUCGUUCCCGGAUUCAUCCGAUUGGGCUAGGCUAGAGUGGUUUGCAAGGGCCGAGCACGAUCAACGGAGAAAGAUCAGCCACCUUCAUUUCCAGUCAACUUCCAACGAAGGGGUUCUUCGUCGUUCAUCGUCGCUGUUGAGCGAGCACUGCCGGUAUCUUAGCUGCUGUCCACCGGCUUUGGGGGUUCCGGAGCCGGGUCUCCGUGUGACGCCGGAGGGGUUUCUCCAGAAGACUCUUGAAGAAUUGCUCUUCGUCCCCCUUACUUAAGAGGUGUCCUAAAGUAUGCUUUAGGGCCUCAAGUGGAAGAGAGAGGAGCAGAGAACAAAUGAGCCAGAUCUCUCCCUUUGAUCUCCCUCUCUCUGUGAUGAGAAGUUACAGACAUCGCCGGAGGUGACACUACAGGUUGAGUAUUCUUAGUGGGAGAGGUAGAUAUUCGUGGAUGGUUGCGUUUCCUCGACAAGUGCAUGUUUCUCUUAUCACCCUCCAGCCAAACCCAAUCGCCCGCUUCCAUAGACAGGUCAUUUCUUCAAUGACUAGCCCAUGCUAUGCACAUGCUAAAUUUCUUCCAUCCAAAAGAAAUUAUGAAGGAUACAUUCCAACAACUUGCACUGCAUCCUCAUUGCUUUUAUCUCGGCAAUCUUCACCAGUGACCCAUAAAAUCUCCUUGGGCUUGGGAGUCUCAGCCCAGUUCACUUAUGAUGCACCCCAACGAUCAGAGGAAUGGUUCACUCUCCGGAGAGAGAAGCUAACUACAAGUGCCUUCAGCACGGCUUUGGGGUUCUGGAAGGGCAAACGUCGGUCGGAACUGUGGUAUCAGAAGGUUUUUGCAGAAGAAGUCGACACGAUGGAGGCAUCUGCUAAGGCUGCAAUGGAGUGGGGUGUGUUUAAUGAGCCUACCGCUAUAAAGCAGUACAAGAGUAUUACUGGAAGAGAUGUUAGCUCCUUAGGCUUUGCAGUUCAUACCGAGGCUACACUUGGUUGGCUUGGAGCAUCUCCUGAUGGACUUCUUGGUUUGUACCCAGAUGGUGGGAUUUUGGAGGUGAAAUGUCCCUACAAUAAAGGCAUGCCUAAGUCUGCAUUGCCAUGGAAAAUCAUGCCACACUACUACAUGCCUCAAGUGCAGGGCCAGAUGGAGGUCAUGGAUCGCGAAUGGGUCGAUCUCUAUUGUUGGACACCCAACGGCAGCAGUCUAUUUCGUGUAUAUCGGGAUCGUGCAUAUUUUAAGCUGAUGCAUAAAAUCCUUUACGAGUUCUGGUGGGGCAACGUGAUGCCGGCGAGACAAGCAUUGCUUAUGGGAAGUGAAGUAGAUGCCAGACUUUACGAACCUACGCCAAAGCAUCAGCUGACGAGUCUGGUGGUUAGUGAAAGCAAGAAACUGGCUGUCGCAGCGAAGCUCUUGUGCACAGACAUUGGAGGUCGUGUGGAGUUCUUCAGAUGAUGUGCUCACUCUGGAAGCCCAAAAUUGCGUUUACUGAUCACAAAAUCUGUUCACAUCUCAUCUCUUGCACUGCCUUCUUAUCAUUAUAUUGCAAUGGCUGUGUUGAUGGUGUGCAAAAAGCAAGCAGUAAUAUCUCUCACAAAAGAAUAGCGAUUUCGGUAUUGCUAACUUGAUUUUUUAGCUCGUAAGCAUCGUAUUCAUUACAGCUUUCUCAAUUAUUUUUGUUUAAUUAUAUCUUCAUGGGCAGAAAACUAAUGGAAUAUUUUGAACCAUACAAGAAGCCAACGACUAUUUCCUACUGC